UUCCUUUAAGACUUAAGCAUGCAUGCAUUAUGGCCUACAGGUGUUUGCAUUGGUGUUGUCAAUGAUUGUCCAUUAAAGAGCAUUUUUUACAGGUCUACAUUAGGUUAUCUAUUAACAUCGACAAAUAGUCCCAACCUUUGGUUUAAACAAUAUUUUACCGGAAGCUACAUUGUCUAAGUGCUACACAGAAAGCAGCUCCCAUUUUUUCUGAGGACGCUAACCAAUACCAAGAUUGUGCCUUAUCACCUAAUGUCAGAAUCCAGGUAGGUCAGCCCUUUUUCUCAGAACAGGGGAAGUUUCUACCAGGACAGAACAUUCCAGCCGUCCUUGAAGAGGAGAUUCAGUGUGUCAACACCCACCUCCAUGCUUGAAUGGUCCUUUGGUGAUUUUGGAGAUUCCUGAUGUAAUAGUCUGAAGGACAGUGAGCCUCAGUGAACACAAGAGAGAGCACAAAAGAGAUUUUGAGGGAGUUUGAAAGGAGAAAGUGCAGAGACAUGGCGGCUUUUGGUCUGGAGUUAGUGGGAGUCACGCUCUCGGUUCUUGGCUGGCUUCUCAGCAUUGUGUCCUGUGCUUUGCCCAUGUGGAGGGUCACCGCGUUCAUCGGUACCAACAUCGUAACGGCGCAGGUGUACUGGGAGGGAAUCUGGAUGAGCUGUGUGGUUCAAAGUACUGGACAGAUGCAGUGUAAAGUCUACGACUCCAUGUUGGCUCUUCCCGCAGACCUACAGGCGGCCCGUGCUCUGGUGGUGGUGUCCAUCAUCGUGGGUGUCCUUGCGCUCUUUGUCGCUAUAGUGGGGGCCAAGUGCACCAACUGCAUUGAGGAUGAAGGAGCCAAAGCCCGUGUGAUGAUCAGCUCUGGUGCUGCUUUCAUAACGGCCGCGGUCAUGCAGCUUAUUCCCGUGUCCUGGUCGGCGCACACCGUUAUUUUGGAGUUCUACAGUCCACUUAUUCCAGAAGCUCAGAAGAUGGAAAUAGGGGCAUCUCUGUACCUCGGCUGGGCCGCCGCGGCGCUGUUGCUGGUCGGAGGCUCCAUCCUGUGCUGCAGUUGCCCACCUAAGGAUGAGACGAGGUAUCCGCCGCAAAGUCGUAUUGCCUACUCAGCCCACCACUCAGUGGCUCCAAGUACCUACAACAAGAGAGACUAUGUCUGAGGACCUCAGAAGACUUUGAUUUUUACUGUCUGUCUUUCAUUGAAAGAUAAUUGUAAGUUGAGUUGGAGGUAACUCAAAAUGUUGUUUACUUUUUCUCCAUGUGAAUAUUUCUACAUGCUGUUGUUUUGUCCAAUCAGUGUCCAUUGUC